AUGGGAACCGCUCGUGGGGAUUUUCAUAUGCAGCAAGCCGCGAAAUCCAAACUGCGAGAAACAAAGGAUCCUCUCGAAAAACUGCGUCUUCAAUGCCUUUCUCGUGGAUCAUCAGGAAUCAAGGGACUCGGCCGUACUUUCCGAAUAAUGGACGAUGACGGGAAUAAGAAGAUUGAUUUUCAGGAAUUCAAACGUGGCCUGCGCGAUUACGGUGUCGAUCUGGAGCCGGAUGAAAUCACGGAGAUGUACUCGAGAAUGGAUCGCGAUGGGAGUGGAUCACUGGACUUUGAUGAGUUUUUAAUUGCUCUUAGGCCGCCAAUGAGCAAGAAUCGAAAAAGCCUAAUUGCGCAGGCAUUCAGGAACUGGGCUCGGCAACCUGUGUGA